UAAAGGAGUUUACCGGAAAGACAAGUCUGGUGCUUUAGAAGUUCAGUCGAAGUCAGUGAGGUCACUCGUGAUUCUCUAAUCAAAACAACAGUUUUAAUUAUGAUUUUUAAUUGAGAGGAAUAUAUUUAUUUUGCGCGUCGUUGGAUCCGCGGCGUUUGGAUGCAAUUACAAGUUAAUUAACCUGUUUCGGGAUAUCGUCAGCUGUUGGGUAGUCAUUAAUCAUGUGAAAAAGAAAUGAAAGAGGAACUGUAGCCUUGCAGAGCUAUGCAUUCAGCUUGUGGCAAAUAUGGAGGAGUCCGGUGACUUGUAUGACGUGCAUGAGACCAAUGACCCCUCUUCUUGGGAGGACCAGCACCCCCAGUGUCUGCAAGACGUGGCAAAAGUGGAGUGCCUCAGGAGGAAGAUCAAGUACUACUUCAUGAACCCCUGCGAGAAAUACCACGCUCGUGGACGUAAACCAUGGAAACUCAUACUGCAGAUCAUCAAAAUCGCCAUUAUUACCAUCCAGCUGGUUUUAUUUGGGCUAAGCAACCAGAUGGUUGUCACUUUCAAGGAUGAAAAUCUGAUGACAUUCAAGCACCUCUUCUUGAAAGAUUAUGUGGACGGAGGCAUAGAUCCGUAUGCUGUUUACAGACAGGCGGAUGUUUAUGAUCACAUUGAGUACGUCAUUCAACAGUAUCAGCUUCUGCACAACAUCACAGUAGGCAAUCAUGAAUAUGAGAAAAAGGACAGCGUCUACACCCCACUGUUAGUGUGUAAGGAUUUCUACAGGAACGGGACCAUCUACCCUUCAAAUGAGACCUUUGAAAUUGAUGCUCAUGUGGACACCGAGUGCCUCAGAGUUUAUCCCCAGCCAGUACACGAAGCGCUUCCACAUUUUAAAUUGGAUUUCAUAAGGUUAAUAUCUGUCAAGAUUACAUUUGUUCUCAAGGCAAUAAAUUUGCAGACAGUGAGACAUCGAGAGCUGCCAGAUUGCUACGACUUCACUCUUAUCAUCACUUUCAACAACCAAGCUCACAGUGGCCAGAUAAAGGUUGACUUGGAAAACGAAGUAGACAUCAAUGAAUGCAGGGAAUGGAAAGUAACUGGAGCAUAUGGUAGAAGCAUAUACCUGACUGUGCUGUUUGACUGCCUCAUCAUUAUAAUGUGCAUCAUUUCCUUCGCCCUGUGCAUGCGCUCGGUGAUCACUGGGAUUCAGCUGCAGCUCGAGUACAGCCAUUACUGCAGGAAACACUUCGGCAAGGAGCUGUUGUGGUCUGACAAGUUGGAGUUUGUGAGCGGCUGGUAUAUCCUGAUUAUUGUCAGCGACACACUGACCAUCAUUGGUUCCGUUCUCAAGAUAGAGAUCCAAACAAAGGUCCUCACCAGCUAUGAUGUCUGCAGCAUCUUCCUUGGAACAGGCACCAUGUUUGUCUGGAUGGGGGUGAUCCGAUAUAUGGGAUACUUCAAGAAGUAUAAUAUCCUCAUCCUGACACUCCGGGCAGCUUUCCCAAAUGUUAUUCGUUUCAUCUGCUGCGCGGGAAUCAUCUACCUGAGUUACUGUUUUUGUGGCUGGAUUGUCCUAGGCCCGUAUCACGAGAAGUUCCGGACGUUGAACACUGUGUCAGAGUGUCUGUUCUCGCUGAUCAAUGGAGACGACAUGUUUUCCACUUUUAAGAACAUGAAGCAGAAGAACAGCCUGGUGUGGAUGUUCAGCAGAGUCUACCUCUACACCUUUGUGUCACUCUUUAUCUACAUGAUCCUCAGCCUUUUCAUCACACUCAUCACUGACACCUAUGACACCAUCAAGCAACAGCAGCAGAGUGGAACCCCAACAUCAGAGCUGCAGAAAUUCUUGUCAGAAUGUAAAGAUCUGCCAAACUCUGGGGUGUACAGACUUGACAAGAACAACAGCUGUUUCCUAAACUGCUUCAUCAACAGAUGCAGGAAGUAUCGAACUCGAGAGAGGCUGACUUCAGAGGCGUGACAUGAUUUCAUUGUGGAAACGCAUUAAAAAUUAUAAUUAAUGUGCACUUUAUCCUGUUAUAUUCAGCUACAGUGGGAUUUUUUUAACCUGACUGAACCCAGAUGGUAAGAAGUGAAGCGCUGUGAUGCCUUUCUCCUAGUUUCCUAUGAACACUGUAUGAAAAUGUUUUUAAAUCACGUACAUCAUACUGGAAGUUGCAAAUUCUAGGUAAUAAAUCAAGGUUCAAUGAAUAAGUUGAAAUGUGUAUAAAAUGAUUUUAUUUCCCCAUCGUCAGGAGAAGGUAUUAGUAUAAAAGCUAAUUAUAUAUCGUUUUACCCUUCACAUUAGUUAAUCCUCUGUAAAAUCUUGUUACAAUUCAGAAAAAAAAAAAUCCCAUUUCAUUUCAUGGUAAUAAGACAACCUAUACAUCUGUCAACACAGUAAAAUAAUCAAGUCUUUUGUGUCUUUAAAAGCAAUAUCCGCAAGCAGAUAUUGUAUAUGGCUCCACAGUCAGCGCUGUAGCAGUGGAUUAUUUCCCAAGAGAAGAGUUGAGCUCCUUUGAUAAAUUACUGCUGGAGAGGUCAGAGAUCAAUUCAAACAAAGAUCUUCCAUUCUUGCACUUAAUGAAGUUGUAAACAGACCACACACACACUCUGUUCCACGCUGCUUAAACACAUCUUCCUUUCAUCGAAUGUGGCAUCCAUCUUGAAGCCUUGAACCUGAAGCCAAAAUCCAUUAUUUUCUUUUUGGCUUAUGAUUUUGGGAUACAUAAUCCAGCCACCACUGACCACUACAACCCUCUGUUUGUAGGAGUGACUUUAUGCAAACUUCUAGAGUAAACCGACAUCACUGGUAGAGAGGUCUCUUAUAAAAGCAGCCAACCAGUGACAUCACCAAUAUUUAAAAAAAAAAAAAAAAGUUGUGACCUUUCAAUAAAAUAAAUUCCCAAGUCUUGAAA